AUGAUCCAAAUAGAACAGCGGACAGCCACCCCAAAAUUAGCCCGUAAAAUUAACUCAUUUAAUAGAACGCAGGAAUACUUUGGAAAGUAUUCUAAGUUCUUAGUAGUUGAUAUGACGUCAAUGUCAUCAAAUCAAAUACAACUAAUUAGACACGAUAUACUUGGUAAGGGAGACUUCCUUAUGGGGAAGAACACGACUAUUAAGUUGGCCUUAAGAAAGUUUGCGGAGAACCGACCGGAGUUAGCUGGAAUUGAGUCGGUUAUUAAGAACAAUGUAGGAGUUAUCUUUACUAAUGGCUCGUUAAGUGAGUUAGAGGAUAUCUUUGAGGCGCGGAAGGUUAAUUCAGUAGCUAAGCCCGGAGACUUAUCACAGUGCGACUUAUGGAUUGAGCCGGUCUUUACGGGGCUAGACCCGGGGAAGACUAGUUUCUUCCAUGCCUUAGGAAUAGUGACUAAGAUUACUAAGGGUAAGAUUGAGAUUCUUUCGCGGUGUCAAGCCUUGUACAACGGUAAACGAGUUGGUCAUUCUGAAGCUGCUUUAUUGUCGCUGUUAGGUAUUACGCCUUUUGUCUACAAGAUGAAGGCAUUACAUGCUUAUUCUAAUGGGAAGUUCUUUGAUGUGGCCCAUUUAGCCCUAACGAGUGAGGCGGUUGAAGCGAUGAUUCAAACUUCAGUGGAUGCACUGAGUGUCAUGGCGAUUGGUGCCGGCUACGUAACUGAGUCAACGGUUGAGCAGGAGAUUGCCCAUACGGUUCGGGAGUUGAUGGCUUUGGCCGCAGCUGCUGAGUUUGCCAUCUAA